CCUCUUUAGGUUUGGCAACUUCAAAUGUCACAAAAUCUUCCCGUCCGGGAUGAUAUCAUUCCGUUACAAAAAAUGCAAUUAAAUAGUGCAAAAUAGUAAUAAUUAUGUAAAAAUGGCAGACCGCCUUCGUCAAAUUGCCCAGCGUCUAAAAGACAAGAUCCACCUAUCUCAAAUGGGCGGUACAGGCAGAGAAAAAGUUGACCAAAUUUUAACCAAGUAUGGGUCGACUUCUCGGGUCACGGAACUGGCCGAAAGAUUCAAACAUGAAACAUUAGCAAAAAAAGUUCGAGAACUUGUAUCAAAAUAUGAAAAAUUUACUGGGGUGGAAGAGAUUUUGGCGCUCCAAAACACCGUCAACGAAGCGCAAGACAAGUUCAUAGCGGCGCAAGACCGCCGUCGGGAGCUGGGCAGACAGCUGGCUGAUAUCGAGGCCCGGCUGAAGGAGCUCCAUUCUGAGAUGCAGAAUACCAUGAAGGGAGAUGAUAAAUACUUGCAUCUGUGUACUGAAGAACAUAAGCUGAUAAUCCAAGCGCGCGCCCUCCGCAACCAAUUCGUAGAAGCCGAGCGCGAGGAGCGGGAGUUGUUCGCGACGAUGAGCGCCGCCGUGAAGCUGGGUCACGAGAGGGAGAGGGCGCACGCUGAGAGGAACAAGUAUUGGUAUAUCGUCGCUUCUAUAUUUGGCACAGUGCUGGGAAUCGCCGGGUCCACCAUCAACAACCACAUGAAGAUGACGGAGUUCCGCGAGAUGAUGGAGCAGCAGAUGGCGCGCAGUGCCAGCGUGCUGUAUACAAUAGCCGGCGGGGCGGGCGCCGGCGCGGCCAACAGGGCGGAUAUAGCGGACGCUAUGAAGACAGAAUUCGCAUAUCAGGAGCAGUUAGCAUCGAAUUUGAAACAAAUGCAGGACAAUAUCAAUUAUCUAGUCACGAAACAGUCAUCUCUUAUUGAUCACCUUCACCACCAAGACGAAAUAAUAGAAAAGCACAUGAAGGACUUAAAGAAAAUCGUUGUCGUCGCGUCUCAAACUAGCGCCAAAUCUGACGCCGAGCUAGCAAAGGCACUGUCUGUGGUCCAUCACGAUCUAGACGAAGUGGAGAGAGAAAGAGAGGAAGAUGGGAAACAUAAAAUAGCAUUAGAACCAAAUCAAAUAAUAACAGGUCUAGGCGUUAUGAUCUGCGCAGCGGUCAUUUUCGGUAACAUAAUCGGCAGGGUCAGUUGAUUCAAAUCCGAGGAAAUCACAGCGAUCAUCGAUUGAUUUUAGUGAAUCGAUUAAGGAGUAAUCUGUACAGUUGCAAUAUCGACGAAUUGUGAUAAUAUUUUUUUUUUAUUUGGAAAUCUCUUACUUUUUUUAAUUUCCGCGAAUGUAGUGCCAAAGAAUUUGCCUGUGCCGUUCGCAAUAAAUAUUUCGAUAAAAAGAAUUUCGCACUAAUUUCACUUAAUUUAUUAUCUGUUUGUAGUUUUUAAUUUAAGAAAAAUAUUUAAUAAAAGCGUUUGGAUAUUUAAUAAUUUAUUUAUUUAAACACAUUUUUACUCUAAAAACAGAUAAGAAAAGCUGUAAUACAUCUGUAUCUGUAUACUGUAACAUAGACAGGAAUAAACGGGGAAGCGACCAAUUAUUUAACAACAUACUAUCCAUUCUUCAUAAUCCAAAACAUAAUUAUCUAACUAAUUCUUUUAAACAUUGAUCCGAAACCAUUAAUUUUCCCGCUAACAUAAAAAUGAAACUUAAAAAAAUAAAGUUGUUAUAUACAUAAAAAUAUCCCAAUAUUACAUAAUUAACCCAACUUUAGAUUUUAGUUGACAUUUUCAAAAAUGUUGUGCUUAUUGUAAAAUUUGUAGACCUGCCAGGUCUGCUUAAACUUUGUAUCCACUUAAGAGAAGUAGAAUGUACAUGCAAGAAAAAAAACAGCAGAAAUAAAUAAACAUAUAUUAUGUUUAAGUUUUUAAACUACUUACACGUAAUAAAUACUAUUUUUUAAAAUACGUAUGUACGCACAAUAUUUUUUAUUUUCAUAAUGUUCUAACCUGUUUCCUUUGUUCUUUUUUGUUUUGAUUUCAUGAUUCCACACAAAAAAAAUGAAAAACAAACACAUUUCAUGCAACAAUCUAGUCUAAGGUACGUAAAAGACAAAAGUUUUUUUUUGUAAUUUAUAAAUUGUUAUAAUUUAGCACAAUUUCGCAGUGUUCUGGGAACAAAUUGUCGAAUUUAUUGGUUAUUAAUAGGUACACAAGACUUAAUUUUGUAAUCGCUAACACUUCGCACUGCAUCUAAGUUUUUUUUAGCGCGGCUGCUUUUAUAAUUCCUUUAUAAUAACUUCAGUGUAUAAUAAAAAGGUUGUUACUUAA